CCCCUACAUGUCACGCUUUUCGAAUGUGCUCAUGUUUUCGUCUGAGGAUCCCUACAAUGCAAGCAUCACCGAGGACGGCAUCCCGCGAUAUCGGGUUAGGAGCACCAAGGCCCCUUUCAUGAAUGAGCGCUUCGGGGCGUUCGAGACGUAUGAUAGGUCGAGUGGUCUUUGGGCUGUAUUUGCUUCGAUCCGUUGGGAUAUCGAUGGGGACAAUGACAUGGUCUUCAUCUUUGGUGACGAGGUCUCCCUCUUUCAGUGGGAACGUACAUUCUCGUUGCACUGGUUUAGUUGUGUAACUUUCAGGCUGGAGGAAGAGUUGUGGAGGUGGUAUGAGCUUCAGCGUCGUGGCAAAUCUAUGCUUACCGAUGCACCGGAAAGGGUCAAAGCCGCGGAGUACAGAUGGGCUACACCGGAGGUUAGCCCGGAGCUACGGCUGUUUGGGAUUACAGAGGACAAUAUGGGAGUGAUGGUGUUAUCGAUCAUCCUCAUGAACAAGACCAGGCGCGGGCGCCUGUCGGUAUUAUUAUCAAGGACAUUGCCCGCACCUUAGCAUCUGUAUGCAUAGAGCACAUAUC